AUGUCGUUGAACGCUCCAACCGAAGUUAGACUCGACUCCCCAGACGACUGGGACGAUUGGGAAAAUGCUCUCCUCAAUCAGGCCGAGACUUAUGACCUCCUCGGAAUCCUCCAGGGGACUGAGACGUCAUAUAAAAGGCCUAAGGUGCCACUGAUUGAAGACUUCAUGCCAGCACGGCCUGAACCGCCGCCUCUCACCGGGACUGCACCUCCGGCUGAAGAUCUCAACGAUAGGAUCGGUGCAGCUGCUGGCACACGCAGACAUGUGGCCCGUCAAUCGGCUCAAGGUACGACUGCUUCCCAAAGCACCGAAUCCGGAGAUCCCGGAUUUGAUACCAACGAUACUGGAAAUGCGGUUGGAAUAAGAGAAAUCGAGAAAGAGGCAUGGCACGCCUUUACUGUGUACAACAAUCAGUAUAAAUCUCUCUUCCAGGUGUGGGAAAUCCAACGUCGAGAUAUUGACAAGGUCUUUACCUGGAUAAAGAAAACGGUAUGCCUUAGUUAUCUCAAAACGUGUGUCUUAAUCACUCCGGAUUGGAAACAAGCCUAUCAGAACCUCAAGGCCCAUGUUGGACAAGGAACGGCGGAUAUCCAAAAGAAGAUCAAGAACGAGUAUGAUCUCUAUAUGAGGCCAUUCAGAACAACCAGACCAGCAAAGGAAAUAGAAGCUUGGAUUGUGAAAUGGGACGAGUUGUUGACUCAAGCCAAUCGUAAAUCCAUGAUGAUUGCAACCGACACCAUGGAUUGGUCAACUAGAUUCUUUGACGUUAUUCGGAAUCUUGACCACGCUUGGGUGUCAGCUUAUGAGAUCCAACUUUAUGACAAAAUCGAUAAUAACACGCUGGAGUAUAAGGAUCUCACAAAUCUCUUUCGAAGGCUUAUCCAAAGGCUUCAUUCGCCAGCAAAUCGACAGCGUAUACGCGUGUCAAGAGGCUCCUUUACAACUCACAAAAAUGAUGAUAAUAACGACUCAGAGGAUGAGAAUACUCGACACUCUAGGCGCCUAACUCGUUCCCGAGAACGCACUCGAAGACGCUCACGAUCCUACUCUAAUGAGCCACCUCGCAAGAAAACUGCAGGACCUGAGCAAGAAAGAACAACACCACCGUUCUGCCCUGCCUGCAGCGGUAGACAUUUCCUUUUAGGAUGCUUUUAUAUUCUUCAGUAUCUUGGUCUAAAGGUACCGGAAAACUUUAUGCCUCAAAAGUUUAGACAAGAAAGAGCUGAACGUUGGGUGAGUCAAUACCAACCUGAGAUCGAUGAGCUUAUUGAACGACAUAAGCAAAUGACAUUGGGACCAAAUAGAGAAAAAUCACGUUCACAGAGCAGGUCUCAAGAACGUCAAAAGAAGCCUGAUAACUCAGGAACAAAUAACACCACUUUUCAGGGAGAAUCACUUUCUCCUGAAUGA